CAGAAUUAACUUGUGUCAGGUAAUCAUUUAUCCCAACAGGUCAGUUCAUAGACAGAUACUUAUUGGGGCUUGUCAGACACAGGGGCGGCGGGACAAUGUGAGAGAAAUGGAGAAAAGACGGGCGGAGGGAUCUGCAGACGGCGAGACUACCGGCGAGUAUAUAAGGCGGAGGCGGGGCCGGCUGGAAGUCAGUCAGUCAUCGGAGAGAGAAGCUGCAGCUCAGAAAAGAGAACGUCAGCCUUUCAGUUCACUCACCGCUCACUCUGACCCGCUACCCCAGGUAUCUAAAAGUGACCGACUCUUGCGAUGGCAGAUCAAGGCAACAUCUCUGAUGGUUCCUCCAAAUCCCGCAGUGUCCUGACAUGGGAACAAGUCAACCGUCUAAACAGCUUCCUCAACGAGGUGGUUCCGAUCCACGGACGUGGGAACUUCCCUACACUAAAGAUCACCCUGAAGGACAUUGUGCAGAAAGUGCGCAGCCGCCUGGAGGAGGCCGGUAUCAAAGUCCGUGAUGUUCGACUCAACGGCUCUGCCGCAAGUCACGUCCUGGUCAAAGAUAACGGACUGGGGUACAAAGACUUGGAUCUCAUCUUUGGGGUCUCCUUGUCCUCCGAGGCAGAGUUCCAGCUCGUCAAGGAUGUGGUUAUAGGUUUGCUCUUGACCUUUCUACCAGAAGGGGUCAACAAGGAGAAAAUCAGCCCAUUGACCCUCAAGGAGGCCUAUGUACAAAAGCUGGUGAAGGUCUUUACUGACACCGACCGCUGGAGCCUCAUUUCCCUCUCCAAUAAGGACGGCAGGAACAUCGAGCUCAAGUUUGUCAACUCCAUCCGCCGGCAGUUUGAGUUCAGCGUGGACUCCUUCCAGAUCAUUCUGGACUCGCUGCUCUUUUAUCACGACUGCUCAGAGAACCCCAUGUCUGAGCACUUCCACCCCACUGUCAUCGGAGAGAGCAUGUACGGAGACUUUGAGGCUGCCUUCCACCAUCUGAGCAAUAAGCUCAUUGCCACCAAGAACCCGGAGGAGAUCCGAGGCGGGGGGUUAAUGAAGUACAGCAACUUGCUGGUCCGGGACUUCAAACCGACAGACAAAGAGCUGAUCAAGUCCCUCGAGCGAUACAUGUGCUCGCGCUUCUUCAUCGACUUCUCCGACAUAUUCGAGCAGCAGCGCAAGCUGGAGUCCUACCUCCAGAACCACUUCAUGGGCGAGGAGAAGAGCAAGUAUGACUACCUCAUGAUCCUGAGACGGGUGGUGAACGAGAGCACAGUCUGCCUCAUGGGCCACGAACGCAGGCAGACCCUCAACCUCAUCUCUCUGCUUGCCCUGCGGGUGUUGGCCGAGCAGAACAUUAUCCCAAAUGCCACCAAUGUGACCUGCUAUUACCAGCCUGCCCCCUAUAUCAGCGACGCCAACUUCAGCAACUACUACGUUGCCAACACAGCCGUGCCCUACAGUCAGUCCUACCCCACCUGGCUACCCUGUAGCUAAGCCACGCCUCCCUCAGGACUCCAUGUUGAACUGCUGUGGCUUUUGUUUUUUUUGGUUGCCCCUCUAACUGCCAUUUCUAACUGACCUAUGGGCACAGCUGGCUGUAGUACCACUCACGCUGGGCAGUGCCACCCACACUCAGGAUGGGGUAAAGCCAUUCAUGGAAAGCUGGUCUGUCCAUUCCAGCCUUAUAUGGAGGGGGGGGGUGUUCCACCAGUGUGUGGCCCUCUAUGUUCAACUGGAACUCUCAAAUGAAGGGAGCUGCAAUGUAGCUAGAGGGCCACACACCGGAUUAACCAUUUACUGGCUGAAUUGCCCCUUUCCCCCACCAACUUCAGCGGGUUAGGGUUUUGCUAAACGUUCUCUAAGGGGUAAAGGGCUUGAAAAGAAAAAAAAAAAACAUAAAAGUGGGGUAAAAAAAAAAGACUAAAAUGUGAAUUUAUUUAUUGUACGGAAAACAGAAAAAUGGGAUAAAAACAAAAAGAUUGAAAAAAAAAAUGUAUUCUAAGAGUGUGACUUGUGGUGGUUGGGGGAGGAGUCUCCCGAGUGGGAGGAGUUUCUAUGGAGCGGAUAGAUUUGAGUUCGAAGAGUUUAUGUUGUAGUUAUGAAUGGUGAGUGGGGUCGGUGGCCUGGUGCCGGCACUAGUCUUUAUAUAAUGGUACAAUUACGGACAAUCUAUGGGUGAGGCUAAUGACCCCCACCUCCUUUUUUUUUUUUCUUUUUUCUUUGGAUUUGCAGCCACAUCAUGGGCUCCAGGAGGGCUCCGGCCUGUCGUUUAUAUUUAUGCCUUACCCUUUAACCUACCAGCUCUGUGCCAAUAACUGCCCCUACAGGGGGUUCUUUCUUUAAAACUGAACAGAAGGCGCUGUUAAUUAACCCAGUGCCUUAUUUCUAUGCCCCUCCCCCUCCUCAAAUGGGGGUGCUGUAAGGCUUUACCAAAAAUAAGUCGGUCCAAAUCCCGACUGCGCCUCAGACAUUCCCUGGUCAAGCAGCGUUACUCAAUACCUUUCCCAUGAGGCUCUAUGAACACGGGCUGUGCCCCUGGUACAACUGUAGCGCCUUCUAAUGGCGGUUGUGGCUGUUGGGAGUUGUAGUUUCCACAACUGGAGAGCAGCCGAUUGUGCCACAGGGGCACCUGAAUGGUCUUUAACCUUAAACUGUCAUCCAGCUGUGAAACUGCCGCCCCCUACAGGUCGAGCUUGGUCCCUAUGUUAAUAGCCAAAUGGGCUCAAAGGUCUGUGUUGCCACUGAUAUGGGGGUCACAUGCUCUUGCCCCUGGGGUGCUCCUUACAGCGGGGCCCAUACAAUUAAUCUCUGUAUCACUGUUGUGUAACUGGGGUUUAUGUGCUCGGGGCCCCGUGCCCUUCUGUAUAAAACAAAAUAAAUUUCAUGACAAAUCCAA